AUGGGACAUGGGAAUGGAAUCAUGCUGACUGAAAGGUCCAAACAUGAGGAGGUCCCCUCCCAGAAGGAGGGCACAGCGCAGGACAAAGAAGACAUGUGGCGCGUUGGUCGAGACCAAGAGCUGAAUCGAAACUUCCGGUUCCUGUCUGUCCUUGGAUUUACUGCAGUGCUUAUGUGCACCUGGGAAGCUGUCCUCUUCGGUUCAUCCUAUGGUUUGACUAAUGGCGGCAAAGGAGGUAUGAUCUACACCUACUUAGGAGCCCUGGCAGGGUUCAGCUUUGUGAUUUUAUCUAUGGCUGAGAUGGCUUCCAUGGCCCCCACAUCCGGUGGUCAGUAUCAUUGGGUGUCAGAGUUUGCGCCCCCAGGGUCUCAGGCCAUACUGAGCUACAUCACUGGUUGGAUCUGUGUGCUUGGCUGGCAUACCGGUAUUGCAGGAUGUUGCUACACUGUCGCUAAUAUGAUGGUGGGCGUGGUUGCUAUCAACUAUCCUGAGUCAUAUGUCUAUGAGCCAUGGCAUGUCACACUGCUCGUCAUUGCGGUGGCCUUGGUAGCCUUGCUAUUUAAUACCUUCCUAGCACAGAAGCUUCCUUUGAUCGAGGGCAUCAUCUUGAUUGUACACUGCUUUGGCUUCUUUGGUAUCCUGAUCCCUCUUUGGGUUCUGUCUCCAAAGGUGCCUGCUUCUGAAGUGUUUGGUUCCAUUGAAGAUCGAGGCGGAUGGGGUAACAACGGUCUUGCAUGUCUGGUGGGACUGACUGGGCCCAUCUAUGCUUUGAUUGGCCCUGACUCGGCAGUCCAUAUGGCCGAGGAAAUUCGAGACGCAUCCCGAGUCCUCCCUAUGGGCAUGGUCUGGACCUUGAUAUUGAACGGCUCCACUGGCCUCGUCAUGAUAAUCACGCUCGCAUUUUGUGUGGGUAAUAUUGAUAACGUGCUAUCAUCCGAGACGGGCUUUCCGUUCAUCCAGGUCUUUCUAAAUGCUACCGGAUCAGUUCCUGCCACAACAGGCAUGACGGUUGUGAUAAUGAUCAUGCAGUUCUGUGCAGCGAUCAGUAACGUCGCAACAACCUCCCGUCAAAUUUACUCUUUUGCCAGAGACAAGGGCCUUCCAUUUUCCGAUUUCUUCUCACAGGUCAACCCGACAUUCACUGUUCCACUCAAUGCGCUCUGCGUCAGCCUCGUCAUCGUCUCUCUCCUUUCGUUGAUCAACAUCGGAUCAUCUGUGGCUUUCAAUGCUAUCAUGUCACUUGGUACAGCUGCGUUGCUCUCAUCAUACAUUAUUUCCAUCACGUGCGUUCGUAUUCGACGCUGGCGCAAUCAGCCUCUACCCCCUGCACGGUGGAGCAUGGGCAAAUUUACGCCUAUUUGUGAUACCAUUUCUAUCAUGGUCUUACUGGUGAUAUGGCUCUUUAGCUUCUUCCCCCUGACCAAGGAGGUUAAUCCUACUACCAUGAAUUGGAGUGUUGCCAUAUUUGGGGGAGUUAUUAUGAUUUCGAUGGGUUACUACGUGCUUUACGCCCGGAAGACCUACAAGGGUCCAGUGACACGGGUGAAGAUGAUGCACCAACGAUGA